GUACAUUGAGUUCUUUUUUGACGAUCAAUGAGGAAUUGUCUAAUGUUGUUUAGUUUACUAAAAUAYCUGAUUUUCCAAAGAUGGAAAAACAAAGAAACUUUCUGACAUUAUCUCUUCUUUUGGUUGAUUCUAAGGCAGGAUUUACUGAGUCAGAAAACUAGACAUAGAGAUAUUUCUCGGAUUAAAAGUCUAUUGUCCGAGGCACACCUUCAUUGAUCGCAAGGUGUCUGUUAUCUAGCUUUCUAGGCAGAAACAAAUUCAACAGGAAAAACAGUACUUAACAAAACCAGAUCCCAAUGAAAAAUAGUACGCAAGGACCCAUACAACGAGAAAUCGCUUGUGCAAUAGUGUAAAUACCCAAACAUCUGCUCAAUGACGCAGUAGUUUUCCUUGGAAACGCGAUUUUACUAAUCAAUAAUGAAAACGAAUCUCGGUACUUUAAGCUGGACUCUAGAUAUCAUGACCACGAACCUUAGCAAAUCACAUCUGCUUCUUUAGGCGGUUACAUAUCGGUAGGUAAACCUCUCUCUGACUAUUACUCUGUUUUAACAAAUUACGCGUUUUGCGCAUUAUCUUCGUGCGAGCCUUAUUCAGUGUUGAAUACGUAAAAAAACGUUCUUCCGAUGGAUGACUGAAAAACGGUGUUAGGUUCGGCAUAUUUAGUUCGACGUAUAAUUCAAACAUCAAAUUGCAUUUGGUUCGAUACAAAUAUACUAUCUGGUUAGCACGGAGUCAAAGUGAAAGUUCUGUAAACUUUUAUUCAUAUCAUCACCAGAUAUAUCUCUAGUUAAUUUCGUUAAAUUUGUGCAUUCUUUAUUAAGAAAUCUACUUAUUAAAAAUACCAAAAACCGACGAUUCGAAAGUGAUGAAAUCUAUCUGAAAUUACCAAUAAAUUUCUUUGUUUGUUUUGCCAAAUAAUUUUUACAGUAUGAGAAAAUUACAACUAGAAAUAUUUUACAGAUUCAAAACCUAGUGUUUAAGGCACAGUGGCUACAGGAUGUCUCUGACACAGAUUUGUAAGCAGUAAAAAAACUGGCAGAAGAAACAAUCUAUUUAUAACAGAAAAUAACAMAACCACACCCGCCAAACUAAUCUGAGAUCAAUGAAAAUAAUAAUGAAUAAUUAGAUCCUGUUCUUCUCUAUCAAUACUUUUAAUUUUAGUCACAAAUAAACAAGACAAGCAGACGGUGCUACGGAGAUGAACAAAAACCCGUAGAAUGAUAAAACUAAAGUGUCUGUUUGCAAAUUAAUGUAAAUUUAAUCGAAAUAGAAUAAAAAACUAUACACAAAAUAACAGAAAAGAUGUAAAAAUCUUCUAAAUACUUAUCGUUGUUGAACAUUUUGUAAUAGCCAUAUAACCACAAAAGAACGUAAUUUUUUUGUUGAUGGGCUUUUAGUCUUAAAAAUUUAGGGUGUCUUUUGACGUAACAGACCGUAAAUCUAGCGUUGAGUCAACGGACAAGUAUUGCCACUAUUCAGGCAAUUCAAAACAAUUCUUAAAAACUUGCACAGUAAAUUAUUUAAAAGAGAUUUGUGCAGCUGAAAUGCAAAUUGAACGAAAAAAAUAGGAAAAAGCAGAGAAACUACCCCCACAAAAUGCUUUCAAUCAGUAAAGUUAUUGUUCAUCUUAUAUUGUUGAUGUUCACAGUUUGUGGUUUAAACCGAUCCUUACUCAGAUUCACACUGCAGGAGACUUGCUCUCUGGUUGUUUGUAUUAACUGAAGAAUGUGCAACGAAGCACAUUUUAACAUAGGCAACUAACGGCAGCGCCUGAUAGUAGUUGUGUAGUUCUACAUUGAGCUUAAAAGACUCAUUUUCUUCCUGAACACAAGAAAGAGUUGUCAUGAAGUUAUUUCUAAGAAAUGUGGCGAUAUUGUGGUGAUAAUGGGAAGUGUCUUUAACCAAAUAUCUGUAUAACUUAUAUAAAUUAAAAACAUAUGUAUAAAUAUUGGCGCAGAAAUAGUACUUGGAAGCGCGUUUUGAGUUGCUAAUGAAAACAAAUUSAUAUGACUUUUUAGGUUGAUCUAAUGUUGUUGAAUACAAACGGUGAUCAAAAGAAAAAGCCUUCGCCUCCAGACAAUUCCACGAGAAACUACCCGUGCUUCCUGACAUAUCGAAUUCAACAAAAACAAACAAACAAACAAAAGCAAGUCAUGUAACUACAGCAGGAACGUGGAGAGCUUUUCAACGAAAUGUGGUGAUGACGAGCACUGUGAUAUCGUUAGACAUAUAACAAAUUGCUACACAGCAGUUUUCCUUGGAUUCGUUUUGAGCGAUGAUUACAAACCCAGCUUAAGUUUGACCCAAGUGUUAAACGUAUGCUAGUGAUUGACUGUCCACUUUCAAGAUGAGAAUAGAAAAUGAUGAUCCACAUUUCCAAAUCUUAAAAGGAAACGAUCGAAAAUAGUAAUAAACUGAACAAAGGAGAUCAAUCAAAUAAUGUAUUGGUCAUUAAAAAAUUGGCAUGAUUUUUCAACAAACACCAGUGCUUUGAUAAAAGCUAUACUUGACGGCAAUAAUGAACUAUCACGUGAACUAAUUACUCAAGGUGUAAACACCAAUGUCGCAGAUUAUGAAGGACGAACACCUUUGAUGUGCGCUGCAUUCAAGGGCAAUAAAGAGAUUGCAGAAAUACUAAUUGAUGCAGGUUCUGAAGUCAAUCAAAGAAAUCAUAAUAAACAAACGGCCCUCUUAUAUUCAAUUGCAAAUAGCAACGAAGAAGUUGCACGACUGUUGAUUGAGAAAGGUGCUGAUGUCAAUGUAUCUGAUAAAUACGGACAAACUCCUAUAUUCGAGGCAGCUAAAAAUAGCAACGAAGAGGUUGCACGAAUGUUGAUUGAGAAAGGUGCUGAUGUCAAUGAAUCUGAUAAAUACGGACAAACUCCUAUAUUCGAGGCAGCUAAAAAUAGCAACGAAGAGGUUGCACGAAUGUUGAUUGAGAAAGGUGCUGAUGUCAAUGAAUCUGAUAAAUACGGACAAACUCCUAUAUUCGAGGCAGCUAAAAAUAGCAACGAAGAGGUUGCACGAAUGUUGAUUGAGAAAGGUGCUGAUGUCAAUGAAUCUGAUAAAUACGGACAAACUCCUAUAUUCGAGGCAGCUAAAAAUAGCAACGAAGAGGUUGCACGAAUGUUGAUUGAGAAAGGUGCUGAUGUCAAUGUAUCUCAUAAAUACGGACAAACUCCUAUAUUCGAGGCAGCUAAAAAUAGCAACGAAGAGGUUGCACGACUGUUGAUUGAGAAAGGUGCUGAUGUCAAUGUAUCUGAUAAAUAUGGAAACACUCCUUUAUUACAUGCAGCUGGAAAUAACAACGAAGAGGCUGCACGACUUUUGAUUGAGAAAGGUGCUGAUGUCAAUGCAUCUGAUGAAAAUGGACAAACUCCUUUAUUCUAUGCAGUUAGAAAUAAGAACGAAGAGGUUGCAGGACUGCUGGUGGAGAAAGAUGCUGAUGUCAAUGCUUGUAAAAAUCAUGGAGAGACAAAACUUCUACAUCUUGCUUUGAAUUACCAAAUGUAUAAAACUGCAAAAAAACUGUUAGAAUUAAACGCCACAGAUAUGGAUGCUGAAGACGAUAAUGGCAGAACGGCCAUAUUUCAUUUGAUAGGGAUAUAUGAAGACGACAUUUUUGAAUACGGAGACUAUAUGUACGGAGAUACUGAUGAUAGACAAGAACUUACUCGCAAAGUGGCUUCUUCUUGCAGUAAUAUUGAUAAAAGGGAUAACCAAGGUCGAACUGCGCUCUCUUAUGCCAUUGAGAGAAUGAAUAAAGAUGAACGAUAUGAAAGUCCGGCACGAAUGAUCAUCGACGCUGGUGCUAAUGUUAACUUAGCAGAUGAUAAAGGACAAACACCCUUGUUUUAUGCAUUGAGGCCUUCCGCCGUACGCUUGUUAUUAGGACAUGGUGGAGAUUUAAAUCUUCGAAACAAUCAGCAGGAAACCGCCUUGAUUCAUAUUUUGUCUGAGAAAGAUUAUUUUCGAGAUAGWUACCSAUAUUUCAACUACUACAAAGGGUCACAUUUAUGCGAGCAGUACGUUAGUGCACUGCUCAAUUACGUAGACGCUACUUAUGUGAAGGCAAGAGACAUGUAUGGCAGAACAGCAAUAUUCUAUGCUGUUAAAGCAUUUGAUGAUAGUAAAAUAUUUGAAGUUAUAGCGACGAAGCUUGUUCGCAAGGGGGCUGUUGUAGACGAUACCGAUAAUAAUGACAUGAGCGUUUUAUCGUAUUUCGUUGAGAGAUAUUGUUACAACAGUUUUAAGGAUAACACAAAUAUUUCAGAAAGACUGUCAUUUUUUAUCAAGAAUGGCAUACGUAAUUCAGCAAUCUUCACCUCAGCAUUGAGCUAUUUGUAUGCUAUUUUACCAAACUACUUUCACAGUACAUUGAAUAAAAGACAGAUAUUUCCGAAUGCUAUAUCUGUUGCAUACACAUACGCCAGUCAUGAAGUGCAAUGUAUCGAUUCCUUAAAUGCACUACUCGACGACGAAAGAAUACCAGAAGCUCUGGACGCCUUGAAGAGGUUAGGUGUCAAUCCCAACAGUGCCAAUUCGUAUGGAAAUACUGCUCUUCAUUAUGCCACUCUGCUUCCAUUCCAUGGCGUAUCACAAGAGAACGUAAAGAAAGUACUGGAGACGCUUAGAAACCAUGGGAUACGAACCAACAUCAGAAAUCAGGAAAAAGAGACGCCUCUACAUUUCUGUCUUUCAGAACAAGCAUGGAAACUAGCAAGCGAGAAAGACACAUGGAGUGGAAUCAUGACAGUGGUGGAGAUUUGUGAGUUUCUUCUNAGCUCACCGCAAUCAAAUAUUGGACUUGAUGAUACAGGA